UUAAAACUCUAAUCACACAGUUGAUGCUAGUUUAUACAUUUCUUGGAGCGGUGCUUUCACAGACGCGCACCAAAACGCAGCGCCGGCUCUGUUGCUCUUUGUCACCACUGGAUGUAAACUCUCCUACCUUCGUACCGCACUACCAGCAGCGACACAAAAAGAUAUUUUAUAUUCCCAGGAAGCUUUUAAUUUCUCCACAAAUCGCCCGUGACUGAGAAAUGAAUCAUAAAGCUCUUUUACUGUGGAUUUUCCUGCAAUGUACUGCUGCGCUCUUCUGGUCCGCUCGCGGGGAAAACGCUGUUCUUAGAGGUGAUGACGUUGGAUUGGAUGAGUUUUCAGCAGACAACAAGGCUCUGGAUGGCAUCGUCAAGUACAACAUGAGGAAGAGUUUAGACCUGGAGCAGGAGGGCUGCUACCUGCAGGCCGGCAAGAAGGGGUGUCUGGAGGAGUGUGGCUUCAACGCUACAGCCAAGACAAUCUUCAUCAUCCACGGCUGGACGAUGAGUGGGAUGUUCGAAAGCUGGAUGCACAAGCUGGUCUCUGCAGUGAUGCAGCGUGAAAUGGAGGCCAAUGUGGUUGUCGUUGAUUGGAUAUCAAUGGCUCAGCAGCUGUACCCCGAUGCAGUCAACCACACCCGCAGCGUCGGCCUGGAUAUUGCCGCCAUGCUCAACUGGCUUCAGGAUGAACAGCAGCUUCCUCUGGUGAAUGUGCACCUGAUUGGCUACAGUUUAGGCGCUCAUGUCGCCGGCUACGCAGGGACAUAUGUACGAGGGACCAUCGGCAGAAUCACUGGUCUAGACCCAGCAGGACCAAUGUUUGAGGGUGUAGAGGAGCAGAAGCGCCUCUCCCCAGAUGACGCAGACUUUGUGGACGUUCUGCACACAUACACUCGAGAGGCUCUCGGCGUCAGCAUUGGGAUCCAGCAGCCAAUUGGGGACAUUGACAUCUACCCCAAUGGUGGAGACGUGCAGCCUGGCUGUGCGCUGGGUGACGUGCUGGCAGUGGCUGGAAAUUUCAUGGAGGUGAUGAAGUGCGAGCACGAGCGCGCUGUGCAUUUGUUUGUGGACUCCUUGAUGAACAAGGACCACAUGAGCUUCGCCUACCAGUGCACCGGCCCCGAUCGCUUCAAGAAGGGCAUCUGCCUCAGCUGCCGCAAAAACCGCUGCAACAACAUCGGCUAUAACGCCAGAAAGAUGCGCAAGAGGCGCAACAGUAAAAUGUAUCUGAAGACACGUGCUGACACUCCCUUUGGAGGCUACCACUACCAGAUGAAGAUGCAUGUGUUCAACAGAAAACAGUCAGACAAUGCGGAUCCCACCUUCCACGUCAAGCUGUACGGAGCCCAUAACGACACAACAGACAAAUUUGUCGAUGUCCAUGAUGGCAUUAUCGGCCUAAACCUGACCAACACCUUCUUGGUGUUCACUGAGGAGGAUAUUGGUGACCUGCUGAAGAUCCGUCUGAGCUGGGAGGGAGAAUCUGAUUCCUGGAACUCUGUCUGGAAAAACAUGAAGAAAGCGUUCUGGGCCUGGAACACCAAGCCUGCCAAACCUGUACUGGAAGUGCGGCGGAUUCGUGUGAAAGCUGGAGAAACGCAGAAGAAGUUCACGUUCUGUGCCCAAGACCCUGCAAAAACUGAAAUUUCACCAGGAGAAUCGGUGACUUUCGUGAAAUGCCGUGAUGGCUGGGAAGUAAAACCAAGAAAACGGCUGCCCAUGUAAUAACUCCGCACUUCCAACAACCAAUGCACCAUCACCAUGGGGGACCCAACAUGGAUCUGUGAGAAGCACUGGCUUCUCUUGAUUUGAGCACUUUUCAUAAGAGAGAUUGAUCAGCGCACGGUGGGAAGGACUUCAUCAUACUCUUAACUGCACCAGGAAGGUUUCCAUGGAUUUCUGGAAACAAGGACUCUGGGUGUGUCCAGCCUACGAGACAGCUGGAAACUGACGCACAGGCCAGACGCGAGGGGCAGUCCUAAAUGCGUUAUGAUUGCCUGAAGAGUUGCUGAAUGUUCCUUCGUGUGGACUAGUGAUGUAGAAAUACAGAUCCGUGCCAGUGGACAUACACCAGCAAUUGUAGUCGCUGUACUGUACAUUUUUAAAUAUUUUUUUAUUUAUGGAAAAAAAAUGGAAGCACUGCAAGACCAACGUUAUUUAUCAGCACAUCCCAUGAUGAAGCAUAUAUUGAAUGCAUUUCUCCAAGGUGCAGUAUUUGUGUGUGGGCGCGCGUGUGUGAUUGUGUGGCUGUGCUUGUCGUGACCAAGAAGUGUGCCUUUCUGCUGAGAGAUUACUGAUACACUGUAUAACUGAAGGAGAUACCUGAUCUCAUUGCACACAACCGUUCUGAGGUUUUGUGCAUCGUGUUACUGAUACUGUAUGUGGCUUAUUUUUGGGGGUGUGUUCAUGUACAUAAUGUAAAUAACUUUUUGGAAAAAUAAAUUCACCUGUUA